UUUGAACCGCUAUUGAAAAUGUCGUUCUAUGGCGUACCUAUACCCUAUUGUAAACUAUUCCGUGUUCGCUGAAACCAUGCUCAAACGCGGUGACGGUGAGUGUUAAGUGUUUACAUUGUGUCGCGGACGCCGAGACGCUUUACGCCAUUGGUCCUAAAUCCUAACAAAUAAUAUUUGGAAAUAACUCAUUUAUAGGCUAUAUUGUAAUAACUCUCGAAUCCGCCAUUCCGACUGUUACUUGCUUUGUAGUUUGUUGUCCGGCACUCGUUUACGGCCUCCCGCCAAAUAUCACUUUGCUGUUAGCUGUCAGUAAGUUCAACUAUAAGUUGUUUAUUCAUUAUUCUUCAUUUUUCUUGCGAGCCGCGAACGAUUCCGUCUUACUACCGAGUACCGCCGUAGCUGUUGUUAUUUUUUCUCCGCCAUUUCCCUUUGGUACCUCCUACUGGUCCCGAAAACCACGAGGACACUCGCCGCGCCUAGUACCUACGCUCAAACCUCAAGCCAAAGAAUCUCAAGCCGUUUGUACGCAAGACACACGAGACGACCAUGGCGGCCACCAUUGCUGGAGUGUUCAACCCCGAAUUACAGAAUCUCAUAAAAGAGUCCAAGGUCCUGUUAGUAGGCGCGGGUGGCAUUGGCUGCGAGGUUCUCAAAAACCUCGUGUUGACUGGUUUUAGCGAGCUGGAGGUGAUCGAUUUGGACACUAUCGAAGUGAGUAAUUUGAACCGUCAGUUUCUAUUCAACAAAGAGUCAGUGGGCAAAGCCAAAUCUCAUGUCGCUAAAACUAGCGUACUUAAAUUCAACCCUAACGUCAACAUCAUGUCGCACUUCGGUGACAUUAUGGACACGAAGUACGGCGUGGCAUUUUUUAAUAAGUUUAAAUUGGUCAUUAAUGCUUUGGACAACAAGAAGGCUCGUAGCCAUGUGAAUCGUAUGUGCCUAUCAUGUCAAAUCCCUCUCAUUGAGUCCGGUACGAUGGGUUACAACGGUCAGGUGGAGUUCAUUAAAAAAGGAGUUAGUAUGUGUUAUGAGUGUAAUCCUAGAUCCGAACCCAGGACCUAUCCUAUGUGCACUAUAAGAAAUACUCCCAAAGAGCCCAUCCAUUGCAUCAUAUGGGCCAAAUUCUUGUUUAAUCAGUUGUUCGGCGAAACCGACGAGGAUGUUUCGAUGGAUGAAGGAAAGAUUGAAUCUGAAAAAUUGUCUGCCCGUGAUUGGGCUAUACAAAACGAUUACAAUCCAAAGAAACUGUUCAAAAAAAUUUUUUUUGAUGACAUUAACGUUUUAUUGAGCAUGGAACACUUGUACGCUGAAAAGAACAUAAAGCCUGUUCUGUUGGACGAAUCGCUCUUAAAUCUAGAACAUAUUAAGUAUAGUGACGUUCUAGACAGUGAAAUGUUAACCCUGGAACAAAACAUUUCAAUGUUUUGGGAUUGUAUAACUCCUAUUAAAGAAAAAUGGGAAAGAUCUAUAAACAAAUGCUUAGUAUGGGACAAGGAUGAUGAUAUGAUGAUGAAUUUUGUUGUGUCUUGUAGCAAUCUUCGCUCUGCCAUUUUUAAUAUUCCUUUUAAAACCCAUUUUGAUAUUAAGUCGAUGGCGGGCAAUAUUAUUCCUGCCAUUGCCACUGCUAAUGCAAUGAUUGCUGGACAAAUUGUGAUCCAUGCUUUGAGGAUCCUUAGAGGCAAAUUUGAGAAAUGCCAAAACGUCUUUUUGAGAAGUAUGCCAAACCAUAAAGGGGGAGUAUUGGUGAAAGACAAAUGUAUACAACCGCCUAACCCUAAGUGUAAUGUGUGUUCCUCCGAGGGAGAAAUUAUAAUGAUAACCGACUUGUCCAAUUUCACGGUAAGACAGUUGGAAGAACUUGUGUUGAAAAAAAAACUGAAUAUGGUGGCACCCGAUGUGACAAUGCUAGAUAGAGUGAUUAUCUCUAGUGACGAAACUGACGGAGUAGAUAUGUAUGAUAUGACAUUAUCAGAAGCAGGCAUGACAAACGGAUGUGUUUUUGAUGCAGAAGACGAUCAUCAGAAUUUCCGUGUCAAAAUAAUGGCAUUUGACAAACAAAAGUCUGGAGAUGAUGACCUUAACUUUGAGAUUCUCAGUAGUAUAAAUGAUUUUCAUUCUGUUAAUGAAGAUAACAACGAGACUAAACCUGAUGAAAAUAAUGAGGAUGAUGAGGAUGAUUGUGUUAUUGAGCAGGCUGCAAGUACUGUAUGUGACAACAAUGGAGAUACAAUAGGAACAGUUAAUCAUGUAAUGGUUGGUAAUGAGGAAAUUGGUUAUGAAGAAGUUACAGAAGAAGGAGUUGUUGAAGAAAUCGGUAAUGAAGAAGGUACAGAAAUAAUCAGUAAUGAAGAAGUAGAUGCAGAAGACAUCAGUAAUGAAGAAGUAGAUGCAGAAGACAUCAGUAAUGAAGAAAAAUUGGCAAUAAAAAGAAAAGCUGAUGAGGCAAUUGAAGACAUUAAUGAUGCUAAAAAAAGCCGUGUCGACUAAGAUACUUUUUCGUGGUUACUAUUAACAAUCAAUUUGAACAUAAUAAUAUAACAUAUGCAUAAACACAAAACAACAAUGUUGAUUUACCUAUUUUGAUGUUCCUCUCUCGUAAUACUACUGUAAUUUUUAUAUUCUAAUAAUCAAACUACAUUAUUAUUAACUACAUCAAAAUUUGUAUUUUCAUUAUUGUGAAUGUUUCUUACUAAUUAUUAUUUUUUUGAUAACCGACUUAUAAAGAGAAAAUUAAUUCAUGUAUCAAUAUUUUUUAUUUAUAUGUGUGUAGGUUUAAGAUUUAGUUUGUAUGAAAUUUUAUUUGUAUUUAUUGUCAUUGAGAUAAAAUUAAAACUGUAACUCCCUAGUUAAAUUGCUUUAUUUGCUAAUUAAUUUUUUUAUUUUAUCCGACUAUUAGAAUUGAAUUAAUGCUAUAUCCCCGUACAAUUUUUAAAUAUAAUAUAUGAUUAUAUAUUUUAUUUUUGUAGAUGUAUUCACUUACUUGGUGUUUUGCAUUGAGAAAAUAAUAGUUACUUACAACAUUGUAAUAUUUCGUAAAUUACCUUUCUAAAGCACGAAAUAUGAUGUUUUUAUUUUUUAAUGUAAUCGGUGUCACUUAAUAUAAAAAAAUAUUGGUUGGUUUACAACACUUAAACCAAUAAUAGAAAAAUAUAUAUAUUAAUCAGCCAACUAACAAAGCUGGGUGUUUAGUUGUUAUAAUUUAAAAGUAAAUUUAUUCAAUAACUUCUAACUGAAAUAAGUUUAAUUUAUUACAUGUUGUAUAGUUUUGAUUUUGAUUCAACUACUAGCGAUACAUCAAAGCUGAGCUUGAUCAUAAAUUGUUAGGCUAAGUCUAUAACUAAUUCUGACUGAAUAAAGGAAAUAAGUUA